ACACAUACCAUUUUUAGUUCAAAUAUUCCUCCUCAAACAGGUGGUAUGCCUGUGCACCCAGGCUCUGGUCACACCGCGCAAACAGUUGCUCGAAAACAGUUGAUUCCAAAUAAAAUAUACAAAUCGAAAUCCAUCCCAGCGGAGAUGCAGGCGCGCAGCAAGUCCGACAUGAAGCCCAUACGAAAGGAGAUCCUCAAUCCGGGCAACGCGUACAUCGAGCUGACCCCGGGCACCAGGGUAAAGUUCCACUUUCAAACGCGCAAGGCUGGCGAAAGUCGCAUCAUCGACGACAGCCGCAAAAUGGAGAAGCCCAUGGAACUUGUCCUGGGCAAAAAGUUCAAAUUGGAGGUUUGGGAGCUAAUUGUGCAGCAGAUGUCCCUCAACGAGGUGGCCAAAUUCACGGUGCACAAGUCGCUCUGCGCUCAGUAUCCCUUUAUUUCGAAAACACUGCGUGACAUUGGCAAGAAACCCGAGGAGCGACGCCACUGCUGCGGCAUGACACUGCAAAACGAGGGAAUCGGCUACCCAGAUCUCGACGAGCUGCUGCAAAAUCCUGCCGAGCUUGAGUUCAUCAUCGAGCUGAUCUCCAUUGAAUUGCCCGAGCAGUACGAAAAGGAACGCUGGCAGAUGUCCGACGACGAGAAGAUGCUGGCCACCAGCACGCUUCGAGAAAGGGGAAAUAACUUCUACAAGGCGAGUCGCUUUGCGGAGGCUGAAACCUGCUAUCGCGAGGCUGUGGGAAUCGUGGAGCAACUGAUGCUCAAGGAGAAACCGCACGACGAGGAGUGGCAGGAAUUGGCUGCCAUCAAGACGCCACUGCUGCUUAACUAUGCACAGUGUCGCCUGAUCGCCGGGGAUUUCUAUGCGGUGAUCGAGCACUGCAACGAGGUGCUCACCCUGGAUCCGAGAAAUGUGAAGGCGCUCUUUCGACGAGCCAAGGCGCAUGCUGGCGCCUGGAAUCCCAUGCAGGCGCGAAGGGACUUUCUCGAUGCUCUGGCACUGGAUGCCAGCUUGAAGAACACCGUUGCGAAGGAGCUGAAAUCGAUUGAGGAACAACAGCAGGCCCGUAACGUCCAGGAUCGCAUUCACAUGCAGAAGCUCUUCUAGAACAUAAGUUGCGUCAACGUGCUGCUCAUGCUGCUUGUCUAUUGGAGCAGCUAUCUGCAGCGCUAGCAGUACCUGUCCCUUCCCCCCUUCCUCUCGCUGGCCGUCUCCUUUGCCCACGGCCUGGUGCUCCUCUGCUCGCUGGCCAACUUGUUCCUCUGCUGCUGGACCUUGAAGAAGCUACUGCGAGCAUUGCAGAGGGCGAGCUGGUGAAGGAACUCCCAGCGGAACGGAACUCCCAACACAAUCAACUCGAGCAGCAUUCGCUGCCAACCACCUCAUUCUGUGAGAGCUGCAUUUCGGAUCCUAUAUAUACAUACGCCCUAUACUCAUCCUCGAAUCAUUGAAGGAACUAUUCGAACGCAGGUGUGAUUCGUGUGUAUGUGGAAUGGAAUGUUAAGAUGAUGUUCGCGUAGCGUUUACCAAAUAAUAACGUAAAUCAAAUGUCUCACAUUUGUUGUCCAUAGUCGUAUGUAUUGUAUUGUAUGUGAAAUAUCCACUAUUGCGAUAUUUACUCGUAGCUAGAAUCUACUCUAAAUCUAGACGAAUUGUAUAAGGUGUAAUAAAUGUGCUUUUGCUGUCUAAUUGUUAAACGUAGUUGGAGACUUUAUUGUAUGUAUGUACGUGGUAAGCAUGCGUAAUGUGCAGUAGCAUAAGAUAUUAUUGAAUUCUCUAGGGCAUUGUGUUUACUAGUGUUAAUUGUGUAAAAUAAAUAACCGAUUAACUAUA